CUCUGCAAAUGGAACCUCCGGGCACCUGGGACAGGGGGCCUCUGCUGAGAAUGGACUAAGAGUGAGAGGAUGGCUUUGGUCCUAAGACCGGGUGGAAGGUGGGGAAAGGGAAGAAUCUCUGGACCUGGGGUACCAGCCCAGGCGGGCGGGCAGCUUUGCCCCUGACACAGAGAUGUAUCCAUCACUACGCCCUCCCUGGGACCUUUAAUUACAGGAAAACCGAGUGCCAGACCAUGAACUAUGUGGGCCAGUUGGCGGAGACGGUGUAUGAAGCAGUGAAAGAACUAUACCAAGGCCUGAACCCUGCCACACUAUCGGGUGGUGUCGAUGUGCUAGUAGUGAAACAUCCAGAUGGCUCCUUCCUCUGCUCCCCUUUCCACGUUCGCUUUGGCAAGCUGGAUGUCCUGCGAACCCGGGAGCAGGUGGUUGACAUUGAAAUUAAUGGGAAGCCAGUGGACCUGCAAAUGAAAUUAGGAGUCGAUGGAGAAGCUUUCUUUGUCCAGGAACCAGAAAGUAGUGAAGAGGAGCUCCCCUUCAGCCAGUGUUGUUCGUCUUUCCCUCUGAAUGGCUCGAAAGAGAUAAUGUCAGACUUCUUUGUGGAUACCCGAAGAAAGACCCCCAAAUCAUCCAGCAUCAUUCGGAAGAAGCGCCUCCGGAAGAAGGCCAAGAAGAAGAAUGAGAAACGAUUAGGAUCAGCAGUGACAGCAGAUACAAGUUCUGAUGAGCUGGAAGAAGCAUAUGAGACAUUCCUAGAAGAAAAGGAGAUCACAGACUCUUCCUUAUAUACUUUCAGUUCCUCUUCAGAAUAUCUAACAAACUUCAAGAGUGAUUCUGAGAUGGAGAAAGACUUUGACUCCAAGAAGGCUAAAUGCCAUAAGCAGUGCUGCUUCAGGAAGCCGAUUCAGGUGGAGGAAGCUGAGACUUCUGACAUGAAGAAGGAAGAGAAUUUCAAAGCCGCUCCUUAUCUUUGGGACCAGCCAAAUCAUGAUGUACCCAGUGUAACAAAGAGAAGCUAUCUCAUGGGACCCAAAGAUAUCUACCUUGAAGACUUGCCUUCCCUUAAUUCAAGUAGUACUGCCCUUUACUUCCCCCCAAGUUGUUCUAGGUGUAAUGACAAAUUCUGUAAUGAGUCCACCUGCUCAGAGACCAUUGAUCCCAAGUGCCUGGUCCCAGAACAGAAGACUAACAUUACGCUCUCUCUAUGUGGUGGAUUGAAUGAAAACCAGAGCGUCUCAACAGAGAGGUUUUCCAAAUACACCAUCUCCUACCAGGAUUUCGUUAAUGACCCAGGAAUCCUGCAGGAUCCCAGACUUGUGGUGAAAAUUGGAGAUAAGCAUUACAACUGGGCUGUAGCUGCCCCAAUGAUCCUGUCCCUACAGGCCUUUCAGAAGACUUUGCCCAAGAGUACUAUUGACAUGCUGGUGAAGGAGAAAAUGCCCAAGAAGACUAGCAGCUGGUGGUUUUCCUGGAGGCGAAAAGACUGGAUACCUGAGGAUGAAAUCCACGAGGAGAUGAGUCCAUCAAGUAUACUGUCCUACAUUUCAGGCAGAUCGAUGCUACGUCCUUUUACUAUUGAGGACCCCCUCGACCCCGACGUGAACUUUGGUACCCCUCCAGUCCAACCUCCAGUUACAGUCCCUAACUUCAAGAAGACCCUUCGUCUCUCUUCUGAUCAGAUUCGGAAUUUAAACCUGAAGGAGGGAUCCAAUGAUGUGGUGUUUAGCGUGACUACUCAGUACCAGGGUACCUGCCGUUGCCAAGCCACCAUCUAUCUGUGGAAUUGUUCUGACAAGGUGGUGGUCUCAGACAUCGACGGGACCAUCACCAAGUCGGAUGCUUUGGGUCAUAUUUUGCCCCAGCUGGGAAAGGACUGGACUCACACUGGCAUCAUCAGGCUUUACCACAAAAUUCACCUAAAUGGGUACAAGUUCCUUUAUUGUUCGGCUCGAGCUAUUGGCAUGGCGGAUAUCACUAAAAGAUACCUGAAGUGGGUGAGCGACCAGGGCUGUGUUCUCCCCCGAGGCCCCCUCCUCUUGACCCCCAGCAGCCUCUUCUCUGCCCUUCACAGGGAGGUGGUGGAAAAGAAGCCUGAGGUGUUCAAGAUUGCAUGCUUGAGGGACAUCCUUCACCUAUUCAAGCACGAGGGAAAUCCCUUCUAUGCUGGCUUUGGGAACCGUAGCAGUGACGUCCGUGCCUAUCUUCAUGUAGGGGUCCCCAAAUGCAGAAUCUUCACCGUCAACCCCCAAGGACAACUCAUUCAGGAACUUGUCAAGAACCACAAGACCACGUUUGAGCAUCUCCAAGAGACCGUGGAGCACAUGUUUCCACCUACAAACGCGGGGCCCAGCGUACAGUUGCUCCAUCCAGAGUUCAGCGGAUUCUGCUAUUGGAGGCAACCCUUGGUUGAGAUUAACCUGUCAGAUCUCAAUUAGAACCUCUCGCCAUCCAUCCUGCCCCUGUGCACACACACAGGCACCCGGUGCCCACCCUUCCCCCUCUCCUCCCACAACACACACACUUCCUUGGCUUGAGGAGGGCAAGAGUGAGUCCAUCUUCUCUUCUACUUCCCCGGGGUGGCAUGAGGGCCUCAUUCAGGAUGGAAGUCCCAGUGUGGUCUGUGUGCCCUUCUCCCAGCACGGGCUGUGAUGGAUUGGAAUGUGUGCCCCGGAGCAGAGUAGCAGCAGAGGGGGCGGGGAGCAGCGCAGGCCUGGAGGUUCCUUCUAGGGCAGGCCAGAGGGGGACCCUGCUGCCUGGCCAGCUGGAGUAGCCAUUUCUCUUGCCCCAGUGGAUAGGAUGCGGGAAUACAGCACAAGAGCUGGAGGAGGAAGGGGGCCCAGUGUGGAAAGAGGCCUUAGUCUUAUUGCCCUGGAGAGAUUAAACCAAGAGUGUGUAGUUC